UUCAAACCUGGGAUAAAAGGAACACAAGGGAGAAAGAAGUAAUCAAUACGGGUUGCUUUAAACACCCUAAGUACCAUAUUUGUUGUCUCCGAACACCUCCAUGUCCCAUCCCGAACACAGCCGCCUUCUAUAAGCCAUGGUCCUUAACAGAACUCACGCCUAACCCCUGCCCCAGUCCAACGAUCUUAACAAAACUUUACCCUCCAACCGACAAAACACCCAAACUUACCUCUAAACGAACCCCAGAAUGGCGGCUGCCUGCUCGGGCGGAGUCUUUUAUACCCAGACGCCGCCCAACGCGCCCAAACAUGCUAGUGAAACGCCCUUGUCGCGAGACAUUGUGCGCGAGGCGUGAAUUCAUUGGCCAACCCAAAAGACAACUCGCUAGCUGAUUGGCUAUCCUUCCUUCACCUUCGCUCAGCCCCUUCCCCCCAGUACCUUCUUCCGCCUCCUUCCUGGCCUCCCCCACAAGCGCGUGACCGAAGAGCCCAGCACCUCCCUUUCCUCUGCUUCCACCACUUCCGUCCUCGAGAACACUUCUCACCCUGGUUGGUAGAACCGGGCCGGCGCAUGCGCAUUGAGAAGAUGUCGGUAGAAAUCUCCUUCAAAAUUGCUUAAAACGCAAGCUCUAAGUAUGAGAUCUAGAAGUCGUAGUGACUGGUUCGAGAAAAACGCAAUUUUGAGGCCGAAUUCGAUUGUGACGCAGUUGAAAUUGGCCUCUCCCCACAGCCCCCCCCUUUACGCUUCCGUACUGACGCAAGUGCGCGGCCGCCUCCCGCACUGCGGGCUCGCCCUUGGCCCUACCCUAGCCAGUUUCUUGGAGCAUGCGCAAUUGCCUUUCCGGCCUUUCCUGCCUUGGGCGUACGUCAAGAUGGCGGCCUCCGUAUUGCGUUCAUUGCUGAGGCGCCUUCCUAGCUUUUCGCCUUUCAGAGGUGCCUACGGAGUUCAGGUUCCCCUCCAGACUCUUUGCACCAAAGGCCCCCCUGAGGAAGAUUCUUUGUCCCCAGUUCCCAUAACCCCUUAUAAGAAUGAACCCUGGAAAUAUCUGGACUCAGAAGAAUACCAGAACCGUUAUGGCUCUCGCCCUGUCUGGGCUGACUACCGUAGAAACCACAAAGGUGGAAUACCCCCACAGCGGACUCGAAAGACAUGUAUUCGUAGAGAUAAAGUUGCUGGGAAUCCCUGCCCCAUCUGCCGGGAUCACAAGCUGCAUGUUGACUUUAGGAACGUGAAGCUCUUGGAACAGUUUGUCUGCGCCCACACAGGUGUCAUCUUCCAUGCUCCAUAUACAGGGGUCUGUAUGAAGCAACAUAAGAAGUUGACCCAGGCCAUCCAGAAAGCCAGAGAUCAUGGUCUCCUCAGUUACCACAUUCCUCAGGUUGAACCUCGGGACCUUGACUUCAGUACCUCUCAUGGAGCUGUGAGUGCUACUCCACCAGCCCCCACCCUGGUUUCAGGUGACCCCUGGUAUCCAUGGUAUGGCUGGAAACAGCCACCAGAGAGAGAGCUGUCCCGCCUUCGACGGCUCUAUCAGGGACAUCUCCGAGAAGAGAGUGGUCCCCCACCUGAGUCAAUGCCUGAGGUGCUGCUCACAACCCCAGCUGAAGCCGCCUCCACUGAGCAGGAGAAGCCCCAGAGUGCUCUGUAGACUGGGAAGGAAUUAAGAGAUAGUGCCUAGGAAUUACAUGAUGGGAUUUCACUCUGAAGAGUUGUGUCUGUAUGUGGCCAAUGGCAGGCCUAGGGCCAGAGAGAAGUAAUGAUGGCUGUUGAAGGGAAUAAAUGCUUCUGAGGCUUAGGGGAGGGCAGGACAGAUGUGUAUGGGAAACCCCAAACCCUAUAUAUUGUAAAUAGUAGAUAGGCUAAACAUUCUGUACUUGCUUCAGAUUUCUGCUAACUUGGCUUUCCCACAAUAAAGCUGUAUCUCCUGUUUCUGGA